AUGGAGAUUCGAACACGAAAAAUCAUUCGCCGGUACGUGACCAAAGACGGCGGGGGAAUAUUCAGGCGCCCAAAAGUCCUGGAACGAGACGAAUACUACUACAAUCGCCAUGCUCAACGUACACGUUCCGAGGAGAGCCACUCACCAUCAUAUCGCAUAAUCGAGACAAGGGAGCCUUUGCGAUCGAGGUCAAGCCCCAGCCCUCUGCGGAGACGAGAUACCUCGCCAAUCAGGAGCAAGCCGUUCAUAAUGCGCAUGCCGUAUACUAUCAGACGGGUUACCCGAAGGGCAGACGAAUAUGAGCCUAAACAAAGAGGUCGGGAUAGGUCCCCUCGCACAUUCGUCGUGGAUCCUCCUCCAGAGACACCGUACGCUUGGCCCAAAAGCGAAAGGCGAAGGUCUCCCUCGCCCAAUAUCCGGUACAUUUCACCAAGAAGAAAGCCUACUCUUCGAAGGGUCUCACCCAGAAGACCAUCUCCUCGAAGACCGGCCCCCCCUCCCCUGAGAAGAGAGACUGAAACAACUGUGGUUGUUGAGAAUACCCCUAGAGAGUCGCGCUCGCUGGAACGCCGCAAAGGGCCCAGGCCACCACGCGAGCGGACGCCGGUAGUUGAGCGCGAGCCGGUCAGGCGAAGACCGGCUGCCGUGGAGAUUCACCAAUCACCAGAAAGAAGACGAGAGCACAGUGGAAGCACUGGACGACGUCAAGUCCGAUUUGCAGAGGACAUCAAUCGGGAAGAUUUCGAAAACCGAGCCCGAAAGAACGAGGAAUAUUCGCUAUCUGAAAGCGAUAUUGACUAUCGAGACGAAACCCGGCGUCGCAUUCAUGAGCGCAGAGUACGUAGGGACCUCGAUGACACACCUAGGCACCGGUACGUGUCGCCAGAGAGAAGGACGUACAGGAUCACCGAUUUACCGCGCCCUUCUGUCAGAUCGAGUCGUCUUCGGCCUCAGAUUAUCCAAGAUGGAAACCGCGAGAUCUCAGAAGAUGGUGAUCGCAUCUAUGCCGAGGCACGCAGAAGGAGAGAGCAAGAGCGAAGACAGCUCCGCGAAGUCGUGCCACAUUCGAGUUCGCGAUGGAGACGCCACCUCGACGGGAUCCGGGACUUCAGCUCUGACGAUGAUGAGUAUUACUCUCGCGGCAUCGGCUCUCGUCGAUAUGGCCGCCGCUGGCUUUGA